UUGAUGACGUCGCGCUGGGCGAAGAAGACGCUCUUAGCAACAAGCUAAGAAACCACACAUCUAUACGCGCACCAUUACGAGACGGAACGCGCAUCCAAAACACUCAGACGAUUCGCGAGAACACUUGUUUGACAUGACGAAAAGUGUUCGGAAGGGAUUGUGAGUUAAUUUGACCUGCUUGUUUUUAUAAUGAAAGUAAGGUAGGCUUGUACUAUCCGGAAAAGAGGAAACGCUAGCCUGAGCUUUAGCUGCCCGCUGGACCGUGUGCUCGGGCUGGGAUGACUCUUCUUUUCAAACCAACAACACGAUAUUUAAGAGAGGGGAAGAGUGGAGGUGGUCGACAUCCGUUUGAUGUUUGGACUCAAUCUAAUUGUGCUUUAGGAAGACAGUUUGCCAUUACGGAAACGCUUUUGUGUCCCCUGCAACUUUGAGUCUUCAUCAUCAUCAUCACCAUAGUUAUUAUCGAGGACGACCGCUUCUCACUACCAUUAUUUGGUUUCUUCUGAUGUAUUUGUGAAUUUAUGCACAUCCAGCUCCAUUAUCUAUGGGUUCGGACCUUCUUGCUGGAAAUACAGAUACCUCUGUUACACUACUUCUCCAGACUUGCAAUACAGGUGGUCAAAUUGAUAAGCCUCGUGAAAACAGCUUAAAGGGGAUCAUGCCUGCACCCCGCAGCACUGUGAAAUCGUCUAUCUAGCCUCUGAACAACUGACAAGCUUCACCUCGGAUAUGAGACUCUGUUGAUAUUUUAAUAAUCUCAUUAGAAGGACACUGCAUUGUUGUUUUGGAUGGAUCUUGCGGUAGUGAAAAAUUUUUUCAGAGGAAAAAGAAAUAUUUGAUGUUGACUGCAUGCAACCAUGAUGAUAUUGAGCAGAAAACCAGAUGGCCCCAUAACUGCAGCUCGCCACGGGGACAGUCUGUAUGACUCCUACAUGCGCACUGAUCACAUUGUGAACCAGGACGCUGAUGUGAAUGGGCAGAGUCCCUCUGGACUGCCCCCUCUCCCCAAACACACUGGUGUGAACAAGCCUACAAUGAAGGAUCACCAAGCAAUCCGCGGAGGACAGGUGAAGGUGAAAUAUGUUUAUGAGGACACCUACAACCGCAAACUUAAUGGUGUGAGCCAGCACAAUGGCACAAGCCAAGUACCAGCUAAGCCCCAACCUGCAAUCUCCAAAGAGAGAAGCGUGGACAGCAACAGCUCUGUCAAGUCCUCAGAGAGCUCAACAAAAGUCACAAAGCUGGGUAGCCCAAUGACCCCAGAACAAGCUCUUAAGCAAUACCGGCAGCAACUGACUACCUUGGAGCAGCAGGAGAUCCACAACUAUCCUGAGAUAUAUUUCCUGGGACCAAAUGCCAAGAAAAGGCAGGCAGUAGCCGGGGGCACCAACAAUAGUGGAUACGACGACGACCAGGGAGGAUACAUCCACGUACCUCAUGACCACCUUGCCUAUCGCUAUGAGUUCCUCAAGGUGAUCGGCAAAGGUAGUUUCGGACAAGUGGCGAAGGUUUAUGACCACAAGUUACAGCAGCACCUUGCCUUGAAGAUGGUGCGAAACGAGAAGCGCUUCCAUCGGCAAGCUGCUGAGGAGAUCCGAAUUCUGGAGCACCUGAAAAAGCAAGACAAGACAGGCAGCAUGAACGUAGUCCAUAUGUUGGAGAAUUUCACCUUCCGCAAUCACAUAUGUAUGACUUUUGAGCUGCUUAGCAUGAACCUGUACGAGCUCAUCAAACGCAACAAGUUCCAGGGUUUCAGUCUCCCACUGGUACGCAAGUUUGCACACUCUAUUCUCCAGUGCCUGGAAGCUCUCCAUCGCCAUAAGAUCAUCCACUGUGACCUGAAACCAGAGAAUAUCUUACUGAAGCAGCAAGGCAGGAGUGGGAUCAAGGUCAUUGACUUCGGCUCCAGCUGUUUCGAUCACCAGCGUGUUUACACGUACAUCCAGUCCCGCUUCUACCGUGCGCCCGAAGUCAUCUUGGGAUUGCGAUAUGGUAUGCCUAUAGACAUGUGGAGCUUUGGUUGCAUUCUGGCAGAGCUGCUUACCGGAUACCCUCUGUUUCCUGGUGAAGAUGAAGGUGACCAGCUGGCCUGCAUGAUGGAGCUACUAGGUAUGCCACCUCAGAAACUGCUGGAACAAGCCAAGCGUGCCAAGAACUUUAUCAGCUCCAAAGGCCACCCACGCUACUGUACGGUCAGCACACUUAGCAAUGGCACUGUAGUCCUCAAUGGGAGCCGUUCUCGCCGAGGAAAAAUGCGAGGUCCCCCAGGAAGCAAGGAGUGGGGGGCGGCGCUCAAAGGCUGCGAUGACCCCACGUUCAUUGACUUUCUGAAGAAGUGUCUGGAUUGGGACUCUAGUACUCGGAUGACACCAGUUCAGGCCUUAAGACACCCCUGGCUCUACAAGAGACUGCCCAAGCCUGCACCUGGUGGAGAGAAGUCCACAGCGCCCAAACGGAUCACCGAGCACAGCACCUCUUACCUUUUCGCACAGUGCUGCCGAAGCUUGUUUCAUAGAGAUUCCUUAGCUUUUCAGGGAUAA